AUGUUCAGCCGGGGUUGCGGGAUCGAUGGAGCGACAGGUGAAUCAGAAACCUUCGGCUCAGCUUUAGACAGGAGCAUCCGAUGUGCUGUCUCCCUCACCAACAUGGGGCUGAAGAAGGGCGACGUCAUGGUCCUGAUGGGACCAAACCACAUAGACUUCUGUGUACCACACAACGCUGCAUUAUAUCUUGGAAUCAUGGUGGCUUGCGUUGAUGCAACUUUGGGAGUUAAUGAAUUAACACAAAUAUUCAAGACUAAUCAACCGACGAUAAUAAUCUGCCAAAGUGAGAAGACAGGAGAUGUUGAUGCAGCACUGCAAAUGCUAAAGAUGGAUACUAAAGUUGUGACCUUUAAUGAAGAUAAUCACUAUACAACACUGUCACAGCUCUUGAAGGUAGAUGACGCAGCAAUCACGAAUUUUAAGAUAGAGUUCUCUAAGUUUCCAACACCAACCAGAAUGGUUAUAGUGACAUCACCAGCUCAGUGGCUAUCAGCUGGGUUCCACUACCUCUUCUCCCCAAUCAUGAAGUAUACUCGAUUGCAGACGUCAGCAACAGUCACGCCGGAACAUUUUGGUGAACUUGUCAACAAAUAUAAGCCCACUUACAUUCUCAUCAGCCCAACACUGAUGACAACAAUGAUGUCGAAAGCGAAAUGUGACUUCAACUGCUUUGAAAACAUACAAGUUGGAGGUAGCGCUGUCACUCAAGAAUUUUUAGCUGAUUUAAAAAAAAUAACUAACGCAAAGAUAUACAUUCUGUAUGGCAUGAGUGAAGUCAGUGGUCCUACUUUGCAGCAAGAUGAUUCAACACCACCAGGGUCUUAUGGGAGACCAAUUGGAGGCUUAGAACUAAAAUUAGUGGAUCCGAAAACAAAUAGAGUCAUCACUGAACCUCAUGUUCCCGGCGAAUUAUGGUAUAGAGGUCAAAGUGUUUUCAAGGGUUAUUACAACAAUGAGGAGAUGACUAAGGAGACUUUAACAGAAGAUGGCUGGCUUAAAUCUGGUGACAUUUUGUAUAGAGAUGAAGCGUGGAACUUAUUCUUUGUGGAACGAUACAAGCUGCUGUUGAAGUAUAGAAAUCAUCAGGUAUCUCCAUCAGAAGUAGAAUCAGUGAUCAUGAAGCAUCCUGGAGUAUUCCAAGCCGCAGUGACAGGUAUACCAGACAGGGAGUGCGGGGACCUGGUGGUGGCGUGCGUUGUGCCAAAGCCUGGCUGCAGCCCCGCAGCGCAGGAGAUCAAGGACUUGGUCAAAGAAUCUUUGACUGAUUCCAAGCAGCUGAGAGGAGGCGUGAUAUUCUUAAAAGAACUGCCAACGACCAGUACAUCAAAAAUCGACAGAAAGAAACUUAAAGAAAUGGUGCUGGACUUACCCAGAGAAUGA